AUGCUUCGGAAUUGCCGCCCUGUCAACUCCCAGUACGACGCUGUGGCUGCGGCAUUGGCGACGCACGUUGCAGACGUCGCGGAUGACAAACAGCUGGAACUCGCUGCAGAUGCAUUGGUGAAGCACUUGUUAUGGAUCGAUGUUAUGGACGAUGUCAAGGUCCCCGAAGCCACGGUGACCGAGGAUUUGGACUUUGAAUUGCAGAAGAUUGAUGUCAAGACAGUGGCCAAGGUGCUCCUAGCUCACGCAGCCUUCGCGUACAGCACAGAGAACGAGUUGGAAAAAGGCUUCACAAUGCGAGGCGAAGCCACACCUUUCCGUGUCUCCUCCAAUCCAGUGCAGCUGUUGAAGCUCCACGCAGCGCUGCGUGCAGAGCUGACAGAGGGAAUCCGCUCCUCGGACCCUGCGCAGAUUCGUUCUGCAAUCAAUCGAGGUGCUUCCUUGUCUGCACACUACUACACAGCCAGAAUGCCAGCAAGGACUGGCUCUGGAGUGAAUGGCACGUCCAAAGGGCCAAAACAAAGCCUGGUGAAUCCAGUAGAUUGGGCUGUUCUAGAAGGUUUCUAUCAGGAAGCCAUCUUUCUUCUGGAACUCACCGAUGGGAAAAUGGCUUUCAAUCGUGAUGAGGAGUGCAGCACUUUGCAGGUGGUGCGAAUGGCUCAGCGAUGUCAACAGGCAGUGGUGGUGGCUUCUACUCGAGGUCAAGUGCAGCUCCUCCGAGAACUCCUGCAGCGAAACGCCUCCUGCAUCCAACGCGAACCCAUCAGCGGCUGCACAGCUCUGCAUUUGGCAGCACGAAAUGGGGAAGAGGAAGUUGCAGCAAUGCUCUUGGAGCGUGGUGCUUGGGAGCAGGAAGAUCACAAGGAGGAGGUCUUGAUGCACGCAGAGGCACAGCGACUCCAAUGUAUCAUCGAAGCAGCAGGCCUGGCAGCCCGAAAGGAGAAUGCUUUGGAUCCCAAGCUGCCCGAUUUCCACGAGGUAAUUCAGGUGCUUUCAGAUGUCAAGGAGGAAGACCGGAACUUGACCUGGGCAGAGAUCCAGGAAAGAAGCAGCCUAGCUGCGCGGGCAAGGCCAAGCACUUUGCCCGGCUACGUGCCCGAGCCGACGGAAAUUUUGCCAUGGGGUCCUUUGCCGACAGUUGCAGAGGCGCGACGAGAGCAAAAGGAGUUGCUGGUGGCUUUGUCCAAAGCCAUCCGCAAAAGUGAUAUCAUCAGCGUGAGAGCGCUGGUGCAGCGUGGUGCUCCAAUGGAACUGACCUUCGACUUGGGCUAUGGCGAAAAGGGCAACUGUGUCGACUGGGCAGUCUCUUGUGAAAAGCCCAACAUGGCAUUGGUGCUCCUCGAGAUCGCUGAUGAGCGCAAUGUCGGAGAGGCACUGGCACAAAAGUCAGUCCCUGCCCUCUUUUGGUCGGUGCUUCGUGGAUACAUGGAUGUGUUGGAAGGCCUGCUUCGUCGAGGCAUCGACGUGGCAGCACAUCGGCAUGAUGUGGUACCACUAAGCACCACGGAAACUGCGCUUUCGCUUAGCAUAACAAGCGCGAGGCGCGAAGAAGCACGACUGCUGCUGCGCUACGGCGCCUGGCAGCGCGAGGCGCCCGCGAAGCGCAUCGAGCUGCUGAAGAAGGUGCGAAUGCAGGGCAAGCAGAUGAUUGCGGUUUUUGCAGCGGAAGGACAGUGGCGUGGCACCGACAUCAUCAGGCCGCCUAGGCUGCGAGAGCAUCAAACCUGCACCAGCGCAAAGUUUCGUGCCACAAGUUCGGCGGAAAGCCAAGCGUUCUCACAUUCAGGAGCCAACGGCAGCGCAGCUGAGGUUUCUAUGCAGGCUUUGUGUCAAAAUUUUCUCUACACGAGACAAACUUUUGACACCGUUUGCCGAAGGCGUGAUGUGAUGCAGAACCGUGUGAUCCGAAAGACCAAUUGCGGCCGCAGAUUCACUCUUUUGGAUCUUUUGGUGGCAGGGAUUUUGCAAAGAGGUUCGACCAGAGAACAGAUUUUGACCAAAGAAGAGAUCCGCCCCAUUUGUGUGAUCCGAAAGACCAAUUGCGGCCGCAGAUUCACUCUUUUGGAUCUUUUGGUGGCAGGGAUUUUGCAAAGAGGUUCGACCAGAGAACAGAUUUUGACCAAAGAAGAGAUCCGCCCCAUUUGUGUGAUCCGAAAGACCAAUUGCGGCCGCAGAUUCACUCUUUUGGAUCUUUUGGUGGCAGGGAUUUUGCAAAGAGGUUCGACCAGAGAACAGAUUUUGACCAAAGAAGAGAUCCGCCCCAUUUGUCAUGAACUUGGGAGUUUGUGUGAUCCGAAAGACCAAUUGCGGCCGCAGAUUCACUCUUUUGGAUCUUUUGGUGGCAGGGAUUUUGCAAAGAGGUUUCGCAGCAUCAUGGCAGCCAAGAGGCUCAAUGUGGCAGUCGCAGCCGCAGGGGGUCACUUGCUGCGGGAGACCUUGGAUCAGGUGCAGGUGCCACGCUUUGCAAACAGCAAGACUCCAGCCUGCAAGCUCUCUGUGCGAGUGCUCUCGGCCUCGCUACCGGGUUUGCCCGCUCCGGGCAACUUCACACGUAGCCGUCCUUUCUUGCAGCUCAACGUGGGUUCUGUGGAGAAGGACACGGAGCCAGCGGACUACAAUCCCAACAGCACGCGCUCAGAGAAGGCAGCAGGGGCGGAGGGUACACAAUAUCCUUGGCGCUUCGACGAGCAGGUGACAUUCACUGUGACUACUGAGGAUUUGUCUGGUCCUGGACUGAAGCUACGCCUUCGAGUCAUCAGUGACACACAGUUUGGUUUCUUGCAAUUUUCUGGUAGACCAGCUGACGUCGGUGAGGCAACACUAGAUUUGCAGAAGCGAAUUCUUCCAUCGUGCUUGCAGCAAACGCUGAAGUCGGACAAGCGACGCUGCGUUUGGUGCAGUCCAGUGGUGCCAGUCCCAUUGGCUCACAUAAAAGGAGGAUUGCUGGGCGCUGAAUGCAAGCUGGGAGAGGC